CAUACAAAGGUUGGUUUCUGAUCAGAAAAGCAGAGGAAAGCAAGAGAGGAAGAGAAGAGAGAGAUGGGUCAUCUACCUAAACUGGUGGUAGCUAUAAUUGGGAUGUACAUGUUCUGCAGUACUGUGAGAUGUGUUCCAAAUACAAACGUGAGAACUGUUCUCUGCAACUCAGGUGUGUAUUCUAGUGGUGAUCCUUUUGUUAUUAGUUUAGCCUAUGUUCUUGCAGAUUUAGAAACUGUUACACCUACUCGCAAAGGCUAUGACUACUAUAACAUCUCUCCAUAUCCUAAUGCUUUUGCCUAUGGCCAUUGUGCUUGUAACAAGAACCUCACAAGCUCAGAUUGUGCAACCUGUCUCGCUGCUGCUAAAACAAACAUGUUUAGCACUUGUCAAAGCCGAAUAGGGGCUCGAUCGAUUCUCUAUGAUUGUACAAUUAGGUAUGAGCAAUACCCAUUUAGUGAUUGAUAAACAGCUCUCUGACUUAGAUUGCUAAAAACUUUAUCUUGAGCCCAAAAGUGAGCGCAACAUUGAAAGCUUAUCUAUUUCAGUGCAUUUAUUCCUCUUG